AUGGCGGCGCCCUGGCCGCUGGGCCUCGGCAGGCUGCUCCGGGCGCUGCACCACGCCGCCCCGCCGCGGGACGUGCUCCUCUUCCAGCACGAACGGGGCCGCUUCUUCACCGUCCUCGGGCUCUUCUGCGCCGGCCAGGCCGUCUUCUGGGCCUCCCUGACCGCGGCAGCCCUGUCCGGGCCACCAGUCCCGGCCCAGCCUCGGGACGCGGACCGCCGGCGGGGGGACCUGCGCGCCGCGCUCUGGCGGUACGGGCUGGCUGCGGGCUGCGGUGCUGUCGGAACCCUGGUGCUGGCGGCCGGCCUGGUGUUCUCUCUGCGGUCCGUGCGCUCAGUGGUGCUGCGGGCCGGCGGGCAGCAGGUGACCCUGACCACGCACGCGCCCUUCGGCCUCGGGGCCCAGCUCACCAUUCCCCUGAGCCAGGUCUCCUGCAUGGCCCACCGGGGUGAGGUCCCUGCCAUGCUGCCUCUGAAGGUCAAAGGCAGGCGCUUCUACUUCCUCUUGGACAAGGCUGGACACUUUCCCGACACUCAGCUCUUCGACCACACGGUGGGAGCCUACCGGAGCUUGUGAGGAAGGGGGCCCA